CCCACUGGCUGUGAUUUCACAGAAGACAAUGCGUUCUACCUUUUACGACGCUUAUACUUAUUAAAAUAGCUAUCAUUGAUGCACUGCUGAAGGCAAAAAGCUUACCUUUAACUUGAGCGAUAUAUCUAGGCCAGGACUAUUUUGUCGUUUUUAUGCAAAGGUUUUUAAAACGGAGCGUCGGAGGGACUUACAAAUCUGCAGUGAGGUGUCAAGGGUCAGCUGUGUUUACACUGGAACGUCCGGUCGCCAUGGCAACAACAAAGAUGGCGGCCGCGCGAUGAAAAAAAAACUCCGUCUGAAAAGUUGUCUCGCGCUGCAAGAUUCUUACCAUAGUCGGAGUAGUUUUUGUUUUCUUUUUAAUUUUUUGUUGAUCGUAAGGUGAUUGUAAGAUGCCCGGGAAAAAGAAGAAGAAGACGAAGUCUGCCCGGGAGGAGCCCGCCUCGCCCCGGGAGCCUGAAGACCCUAUCGCCGCCAACGUCCGGGUACCGCCACCCCCCAGACCUGGCGAGAGCUUGCGAGCCCUGCUGCUGAACAGACAGGUGGAUGAGAAGGAGCUCCUCGGGAUGAAGAUCUCCACCCGCAUCUUAGAACAACUCACUCCGCAGGAGAUCAGGGAACUCAAGAUGGUCUUUGAGGUCUUCGACACCAACAGCUCAGGUACUGUGGAUGCCCAGAAGCUGAGGAGAGCCUUCAGAGUUCUUGGCUUCAAGAUGUCCAAAGAGGAUGUGCGAGAAAUGAUGUUUAAUGUCACCAAGAAGGCAAAAGGGGAGAUUGACUUUAACGAGUUUCUGGAGAUGGUGAUAGAAAGACAAGGAGACUCCAGAGACAUCUACGAAGAAAUCAAACAAGGCUUCAAAAUGAUGGACUAUGAUGGCACAGGGAAGAUCACAGUCAGUAACCUCAAACAGGCUUGUAAGGAUGCUGGCAUCAGGUUCACAGAUCGGGAAAUCCAUGAGAUGAUUGAAGAGGCUGACAUGAACGGAGAUAGCGCUGUGGAUGAAGAGGAGUUCAUCAACAUCAUGCUCAAGACAAACCUCUUCUGAGUGGUGGACAGGCAAAUCUCCAAGCAGAUCUUUCCAUGGCUGCAAAGACAGUAUCGAAUUGGCCGGGCAGUAUGAUCCAUUUGAUAGACAGUUGCCAUUUGCCACUCAAAGGUCUGCCGGCAGAUCUUUGUGUAUCAAUGCACUAGACUAGCGUAAAAAAAAGAUACCAGUACA